CUCCAGCAAUGAAAGGGUUAACUGUCAGCUGACUGCCUUUCAGAGGUCAGCUGAUCCGUGGAAGCCCUUCAGUGAUUGGCUAAAGGAAAGCAAUCAGCUGGUUCAAUUUUCCAGGACAAAGAGUGCUGCAGUCAGACCAGGAAACCAUGAGGUUCCGGUUCUGUGGCGACUUGGACUGUCCUGACUGGGUCUUGGCAGAAAUUAGCACCUUGGCCAAAAUUUCCUCAGUGAAACUGAAGCUGAUCUGUGCCCAGGUGCUGAAGGAUCUGCUUGGAGAUGGGAUUGAUUAUGAGAAGAUCCUAAAGCUGACAUCUGAUGCCAAAUUUGAGUCAGGGGAUGUGAAGGCUACUGUCGCGGUCCUUAGCUUCAUUCUCUCCAGUGCCGCCAAACACAAUGUUGACUCUGAGUCUCUCUCAAGUGAGCUGCAACAAUUGGGUUUACCCAAAGAACAUGCCACAGGAUUGUGCCGAUCCUAUGAAGAAAAACAGACUCCCCUUCAGGACAGUCUUCGGAGAGGCAGCCUCAGGUUGAACUGUCUGGAUUCAGUGUCUUGGAGGGUGGAUUAUACUCUUAGCUCCAGCGAACUCCAGCGAGUCAAUGAACCUAUAGUUCACCUCAAGCUAAACGUGAAAAACACAGACAGAGGUGUCCUGGAACCUGUUGCGAUGACGGUAUCGGCAGAGAAGUUCCGAGUCUUGCUCGCAGAGCUAAAACAGGCCCAAGCCAUCAUGAAAACAUUAGACUGAAGAGCCUUCAGGAUGGAAGAACCUGAUGUGUGGAAUAUGUCUUUUAUUUUCCCCAAACAUCUCCAAUGGACAAGUCAUUUCACAAGGAGCAGGAGACACUUUUUCCAUUUGCUGUUGGGAAGGAGACCAUGAUCAAAAUCCAUUCCUCUUUUCCACCUCACUAUUUGUGCUCAAGACUAAAUAGCGUUCCUUCUGUUGGUUGAGUAUUCAGUCCUUCUUGAAGCACUGUACAGAAUGAGGCGAUGGAACUGACUGCACCUUAAUAGUGCAAAUAACGGAGUCCAAUUUUUAAAUAUAUUGUAUAUAUUUCCAUGCAGAAGAACAUUCCAGCACUGAGAAAACUAGCACAGGAUAAAAGAAAAAAACAUAUUUUCUCUUGCUAUAAUAAUCUCCCUUCCUCUCACAAUUGACAGAAAAGCCUAAAGUAGGGUGCAUCUACACUGCAGGAAUAAUGCAGUUUGGCACCACUUUAACUGCCAUGUCUCAAUUCUGUGGAAUUCUGGGAUUUGUAGUUUGAUUUACUAGCAUGCUUUGGGAGAGAAGGCUAAAGACCUUGUAAAACUACAAACCCCAGGAUUCCAUAGGAUGAGGCAAUGGCAGUUAAAGCAGUGUCAAAUGGCAUUAUUUUUGUGGUAUAGAUGCAGCCAUUGUCGCCUUUCUUUGCACAUUGCAGAGAAGACAAUGCCGGAGGUAUACUUUUGGAUCUUUGUCCAUUUGCAGCUUGCUUUCCAAAAUGUUGACUCUGCUUCUGUAUACUAUUUCUGUACUUUGCCAGAAGAGAAUAAAUUAAAUCACCCAGUA